AUGAAUGCGUUAGUCCUCCGCGCGAGAGGGCGUGCGACAUUGCUGAGGCCUUCUUCCACUGAAUGGGGAAGACCCAAUGCACCGCAUCAACCUAAUUCCAUCGCCAGCAGGGGGAGUAUUUGGGGAGGAGCAGUAAAUGCACCUUCGUUUCCGACGAGGUUGAUUUCUCGGAAGCGCCCUUAUUCACCAGUUCCGCUUCCAUCUGGUUCAAGAGCUCCGCCGUCAGAAGAGAUGAACUCUUCGCUUCGUGCAAAACGCCCUCACAUGGAUUUGGAACCUGGGUUUGCUUCAGAUGGUGCAACGCUUGAUACGGAAGUCGCAUUCCCGAAAGACGUACUAUCCUCAGUAUCUCCUUCCUCUGACCCCCCUGGACGAUCUACGGAACAGACCGCGAUUCCUCAGGGCAUACUCAUACAUGCUCAGGCUGCAGACGAAUCUCUUAAUAGCCCCCUUUUGGCCAAUCCGAACAUCGCCAUUCCUAGGCCUCCUUCGCCACCUCCCGCAUUAUUCGAGAACCCUAAGUCUGUCGACACAGUAGGGAGAGGAAGUUCACGAAGGCUUCAACUGGGAGUCUCGCCUUUUAGAGGAUGA